AAGUAAGACGCUACUUUCAAAUAAGUUUCCAGUGGUUUGUGGGAUAUGCAAACGGUUGUUUUACAGUACCAAUUAACGAUCUAUUGAUGACUGAGAGCUGUAUAGCCCGGAUACGUGAAUUCAAUCGUGUUAUAUGGGGUGGAUCCAAUGUGAAGACAGAUUUGUUCAAACGUUGGUGUCAAGGUGAAUAGUUUUCGUUACUGUAACUUUGCCUAGGAUUUUCAUUUAGCCCUGUUGAGUUUAGUGCUUUGGUACAAUCAACAGGUGGUCCAUGUGCUAUUAUAGCUACUACUCAAGCCACAAUUAUGUACGAGGUUUUGUUCAUUCGCAAGCAGAAUCUAGCUGAUAUUACAGAUGUCGACAAUAUGGAAAUUCUACUGAGCGCGCUGUUAAGAAUAAUUCUAUUGGUUUCGAGUGAUCAUCAAAGCCACUUUUGCUGGGUUUACUGGUGCGAAGAUGAAGAACCAGCGAGUUCUGAGUCCUCCAUUCAAAGUUUGUAAUAAGAGUGAUUUCGGGAAUUUUAUUUUAGAUGAAAAAUGUGCCACCAGUGAUUUCAGUGCUGUCAAUAAGUCAUUGGAUUCUAAUAUAAACCAGCUUGGAGAAUGCGGUUUCCAGAAAUUUAUUAAUGGUUUAAGAUGCUUCGAAGCCGAAACUGUCGAGGAACUCCGUGCAGUUGCUUUCUCGUUACUUCCUCAAAUAAAAUCAAAAUAUGGAGUAUUGUGCUUCCUUUAUUCUGUUUUGUUCACGCAUGGACUUCAGUCACUUAUAAAUGAAAUGAAUGGUGAAAUGGACGCUUUGAUUGAUCCGAUUCAUGGACAUGCUAGUCAGUGUCUGAUUAAUUUAUUAAUUACUGGAGAAAGCACGCCAUAUUUAUUCGAUGGUGAAAGAGAUCUCGGCGGAUUUACAUUGAAAGGUAUAUCCAAGCAACCAAAAACCGGUUUCUUGACUUUUGUUGAAGCAAUGAGAUAUUGUGAAGUAGGAUGGUUUUUGAAAAAUCCAUAUUACCCAGUUUGGAUUUUGGGAUCUGAGACACACUUAACCGUUUUGGCGUCGCCAGACAUGUCGUUGGUGUCAAAAAAUGUAAAGCCAGAAAUUAACUCCAUAUCAGGUUUACGUCAAGCUGAAGUUGAGUUUAAUUAUCUAAGCCCAGAUCAAGAUACUGGAGGUUUUAUCAGUUCGUCAGAUUUUGAAAAAUUACUGACCAAAUUACGUCUAUCUACAGGAUCCCAACAAGUAAAUGAUUUAGUUACAAAAUUAGAUCCUGAAGGUUUAGGAAUAAUUUUGAAGAAAGAUUUCCUACAGUUCUUUUUUCCCGAAGAAAUGGCAAAGCACACCACUGAAGUUCUUAGCUUUCAGUUAAUCCAUUAUAAUGGUUUGGAACACUCUAAUACUGAUGGUCGGGUUCGAUACAGUAUUGGUGAAGCCCGCUUAAUAGAUCCUACAGAAGAGCUUAUCGAGACCCAGCCUAUUGAUCAAAGUCCUAUACAGCAGUGCUUGGCAACAAAAUGGCCUACAAUACGAAUCAAAUGGAACGUAAACAGAAGUCCGUCACUGAACUAAUUUAUUUGUAAUAUAUUGCAGUAGCAACUCAUCAUUAUUACCCAAACGCUUUCAAAUCUAAAUUUGUACAGUUUAUCACUUUGUAAUCAAAAUGGAAUGUUUUUAUGACUGAAAUUGAUCAGUCUCUUGUCGGCAUAUGUGCAUCCUGUGCGGAUUGCCUCGAUAUUGCCUUAAAUCACAAGCUUUUUAAGGACAGAUGGGUGGCUGGUAGCAGUGGAAUCCAGGACGCGUGUUUCGUCCCAUUUCACACUCUUCAGCUGGAUUUAUCUGCAUCUCAGAGUUGAUGAUCCCUCUGGAACUUUGUCGUAUAUCUUAAAAGCUGUCAGUUAAUUUAAAUUUUAUUUUAACUAUAACUCAAGAAAGCUCCGUUCUAUACAGAAUUCUGCAACAACUUCAAAUAGAUCAGACUAUACUUUCACGGUUUCUCUACAUAAUUCUAACAACUGUAUGAGUAUUAAAGUUUCAGAAACUUUACUGGUUACAUAUAGUCUUUGUGUUUUUCUUCAUGAAAAAUAUGCAUUUUAAAGCCAUGAAACCGCUCACAUAUACUCCAGUUCACUUACACCACACGUCUUUUCUUACGAAUAUAGUCUGUGGGCCAUAAUCAA